CUCAGCACUGCUGUGACAUAUGGCUCUGCAGCUCUGCACUUAUAUGCAGCUAUCUCCCUUACAUUUGAACGCUGCUCAAUGGUAGUUUCGGCUUUUAGAGCCACCAAGCGCCACCUCGAGGAAUUAAACUAUAUGUCUCAAAGAAGAAACGGUGUCAUGCUAUCCGUUACAUGAACUUGUUUAUUGCAGCGAUUGUCUACAGUCGGUGGAUAUGGCGGCGCUGAUUAGAGGACUGAGAGCUGGAAGGGCCUUGCGGGGUCUUGGCAGAGUUGCAGUUCAAGCCAAACUCAGUCCCCAAUGUAACGAUGUGAGACGUGGAUUCUAUCGUGCCACCCUGUUACGGCUCGCUGAUGACCCAAAAAGUCACACAUCUGUACCACCUCCAUUUUACCAUGAGGUCCACACAGUUGGAGAGAGCUCAUCCACUUCUGCUCAAGGAGAAUCUUCUGCCGGGCAGGAAGACACCCAGUCAAACACCAGUUAUCAAGACCAGAGUGGUGAACACGGUGAGGAUUAUGAGACCGAAGAGCAGCUCCAAGCUCAAAUCCUGACCUCAGCACUAGAGUUCGUUCCACAGCAUGGCUGGACUGUGGAGGCCAUUGCAGCUGGAGCAGAGACUCUUGGACUGUCAGCAGCUUCCACUGGGAUGUUCAACAAUGGAGCCGGAGACUUGGUAUUGCAUUUCGUUGCGCAGUGUAAUGCUCAUCUUGCAGAGACACUCGGAGAGCAACAUAAUCAAGUGCAACUUGGCCAGGCAGAUCCAAAGAAAACAGCUGAAUUUCUGAAAGACGCAGUGGAGACGAGGUUGCGGAUGUUAAUUCCUUACAUUGACACAUGGCCUCAGGCUAUGAGCAUUCUUCUCCUACCACACAACAUACCUGACAGCCUGAAGCACCUGUCAACGAUGGUGGAUGACAUCUGGUACUACGCAGGCGAUCGCUCAACAGACGUGAACUGGUACACCAAACGGGCAGCACUGACCGGGAUCUAUAACACCACAGAACUAGUGAUGGUCCAGGACUCGUCUACUGACUUUGAAGAGACCUGGGCCUUUCUCGACAACCGUAUGAAAGAUGUAGUUAACAUGGCUAACACUGCUAAACAGGUUCAAGCCACAGGAGAAGCUGUGGUUCAAGGACUCAUGGGAGCUGCAAUAACGCUCAAGAAUCUAACUGGGAUGAAUCAGAGACGAUGAGUCCAUUUCUCUCUUGUCACCUGUCUUCCUUGCGUUUCCUCUACAACUCAAUGACCCCUUGGCCAAGCAGCACAAAUGUCUGACAUCUCACUCAACAUGAGAUCAACAAAAGAAAAAUGCAUGGGUUGAUCUAUUAUUAUAUACUUGCCACUUUUAAUAGGUCUGCUGUGCCAUAAAUAACUUAAUGAGAAUCUAGUUUUUCCUCUUAGACAUUUUUUUUCUUCUCUAUCUCUCUGCUUUCACUUCCUAUCCAUUUGUAAAGAAAAAUAAAUAAGAAUAUAAAUGUACAUUGUAUUUAAGAAGCCUAUGUUCAUUCGGUUUGUGUUUUACUCAUUUGAGAGUUCCUCAUUAAAAGAAUUAAAGGGUAA